AACACGCACUCCUAGUUUAUCUUCUUCAAUCUAUUCUUUUUUUACGACUUAGAGCGCGUGGAAUUCUUCUAUUGCCGCUAGACAAUAUAAUCCAGAUGAGUUAUUCUUCUCAAAACUCCAACGCUUCUAAUCGUGGCCGAAGUGGCCGAGGAGGCCGGGGUGGCUCAAACUCCAAUGACAAUAUGCCAAUGGAUGAAAGAAACCAUCGGGAUCAGACUCCCAUUUCCGGGUUACAAUCUAAUGCUCGCUUUGGUGGAGGCGAGAACGUCCGAACGGGAGCAAACAAUGGGUUUUGGAGAGGAUUGCUCGGAUUAUCAUUAGCCAGAAUGGGGCGUGGUCUACUUACGGGGGAGUUGAUGAGCAGAACUGCGACUUUUGGUGGAGGAUGUUUGUGGUAAAUUAAAAUAAGUUUUCUAGUCUCAUUUUUUUAAAUAUUUGUUUUUAUCAAAACUAUUUUUUUAUGAUGAAGCAUGAUCAUAUGUGGAAUAUCAACGAGGAUGCUGUUGUAAGAAAGGAGUAUCAUUCUCGCAUGUCGAAUUAGAUAAUUGGUACAUUUUGAACCGCUCGAAAAUCUGCCAAAAAGCCAAAAUUUAUCUCCGAUCCAAAUUGGGCCGCUUUGUUGCAUUGUUAAGUUGGGCCACCGGUGAAAAGUUUAAAAAAUGAAGUGAAGCCGGUAAACUAUACCAUAAUUGUGAGAAUGCACUUGCUGCCCAAUGGCGAGGUGGUUCGGCACCUAUUACUGAGUAUGCCAGAAAACAGGUAAAAUUAAAAUAUGUAAUUUUUAUUAAUCACAAAUUAAUUGAAGAGGCUGAAAAAAAUUGACGAAGUGUCAUCUAUUGAGGCGUUGUUGCGUUCCAUAGGACGACGAGACACCACCUCGCAUUGGUGAAAUUGAAGUAAAAAUUGUCAAACACAAAUAUAUUAAAAAUUAUAUAAUUAGAAAUUUUUAUUUAAUACAAAUAAUUAUGUAUUUGUAGCAAAAAUACGAAGAAGUUGCAACACAGAAAGUUGCUGAACUUGGCGCCAUUUCUAUUGAAGAGACUGAAAUUAACAUUGACAAUGAUGACGACAUCUACAUGACAGCGGUGGGUGAUCCGAACAAAGGCCGGGUCAUGGGUAUGGGUAAAUUUUCUCGCUGUAUUAUUCAGAAUACCCGAGGUGGUGGUUCAUCUGCAAAGUCUAUGAUGAGUGAGGAACGGGUGGACAAGUUGCAGGAGAGAUUGGAUAAGGAGGUCGGAAAGCGGGAAGCGAUGGAAAGGCAAAUGCAAGUCUUUUUUUUGCCACGGGUGGCAGCCUCAGGGAAUUUUGACCGUGACAGCGUCAUGGCAAAACGUUUGUCAGGGACGCUCUUCCGUGACAAAAGUUUGUAAGGGUUGUGGCGUCAAAGAUUUUGUCAUGGACGAGAUCCGUGACGACAAAAUAUUUUUUCGGGGAUUUUUUCAAAAGGAAUCCGUUACAAAAUCCGUUACAAAAAUGCUGCUUUUUGUAGUACGUGG